UAGACUAUAGAGUAUCGAUAGAGAACGUAGUUUCGAAGUGCGCACCAUAUCAAUAUAUAUAUUUUUUUUGACUGCGUUUAUACACAAGUGCGAGAUAAUUUACAGCAAUCAUAGAUAUUUUGCUGAAGUGACUGUGUCUGUUUCCCCCAUUCUGUGAUUGUGUGUCUCUGUGUACAUAUAUUAGCAAAUAAAUAAAAAUUAGCACAACAAAAGCUGAAAAGGAAAACACACACCACACACACACGUACGCACCCCGUCACGCGGAUAAACCUUUCCACAAAACGCUGUAAGCGAAGAGAAGAAUUAAGAAGCGAACCAUGUCCGCCGCCGACGUUGAGACGCAGCCGCAGCAGGAGACGACAAACGGCAGCAGCAAAUUCGAUGUUCCCGAGAUAGAACUGAUCAUCAAGGCCUCCACCAUCGAUGGACGCCGCAAGGGUGCCUGCCUGUUCUGUCAGGAGUACUUCAUGGAUCUGUAUCUGCUGGCCGAGCUGAAGACAAUCAGCCUGAAGGUGACCACAGUGGAUAUGCAGAAGCCGCCGCCAGAUUUUCGCACCAAUUUCGAGGCGACACAUCCGCCCAUUCUGAUUGACAAUGGCCUGGCCAUACUGGAGAAUGAGAAGAUCGAGCGUCACAUUAUGAAGAACAUACCCGGCGGCUAUAAUCUGUUCGUGCAGGACAAGGAGGUGGCCACACUGAUCGAGAAUCUGUAUGUGAAGUUGAAGCUGAUGCUGGUGAAGAAGGACGAUGCCAAGAACAAUGCCCUCAUGUCGCACCUCAAGAAGAUCAACGAUCAUUUGGCCAAUCGCAACACACGCUUCCUCACGGGCGACACCAUGUGCUGCUUCGACUGUGAGCUGAUGCCACGUCUCCAGCACAUUCGUGUGGCUGGCAAAUACUUUGUGGACUUUGAGAUACCCACACACUUGACAGCGCUGUGGCGUUACAUGUAUCACAUGUAUCAGCUGGAUGCCUUCACACAAUCGUGCCCGGCCGACCAGGACAUUAUCAAUCACUACAAGCUGCAACAGAGUCUCAAAAUGAAGAAGCACGAGGAGCUGGAGACGCCCACGUUUACCACAUCCAUUCCAAUUGAUAUUUCGGAGUAAAUUUCCUAUUAAAGCAGCAGCCCCACACCCCAACACCCCAACAACACAACACCCACCCCCCCAAAACAAUACAUCAAACAAUAUUUUGGACAACUUUACAAUUAAACCCGCGAUGUGUACACCAAUCGAAUGUAGCGACAACCAGGACUAAUAAAUUAUUGUAUACUACAACCAUUGAUAUACAUAACUAUCCACGCAUAUAAUCUAUACUAUAAAUAUACUAUACAUAUACACACACCUAUACACCUAUACUCGUGUAUUGCGAGUAAAUAGCAAAAGCAUAACAAAGUGUUCUUUAGCAGCCGCGUUGCCUUUCUUCAGCUAUGAUUGAUUAAAACACAACACCCCCCGCCCCCACUCCCAACCCCGCCUCGCGCCCAUUCACGGUCUGCGGCGGUGUAUUUUUGUUUAAUUAAUUAAUGAACUACAUAUUUGUAUUUGACAUACAAAUAACCAUAUACAUACAUAAAUAUAUACAAUAUAUUAAACGAUAGCUCGCAAUUAAUGGUUCAUCCAAUGGCAUUGUAUAGGCCACAACAACACCACCACCACCACACCCCCACCCGGUCUUGGCCCAUACAUAUAUAUUUUUUUUAUUCGAUUUAACUUUAAACUUUUGUAUUCAGCAAAGGAGCUUUUAAUUAAUUUUUUUUUUUUGUGCGUGUGUAAUAAGAGAAAAAAAUUUGCAUUUUUUGUUUUUUGUUUUGUUUCUUGCUCCCUGGCGUCCGUUGCCAUUUUGUUCGCUUUUAAUUUGUAUUUUAAUAUUUUAUAACAUAAAAAAAGAAAGAAAAAAAAAACACACAAAAGGCAAAUGAAAAAAGGAAGAUGAGGAAAUGAAGAGUAUUUUUUGUAUUUAAGAGAAAAUUAAAAAUAAA